AUACAAACAAGAGAACAUUUCUCUGAGAAAUGUUAUUUGGACCUGUUAUAUCAGAUUAUAUCAACUUAGAGGCAACUUUCGUACUGCUAAACCUUGCCUUCUUUUGCACUUUAGCUAACCUUUCUGCCUAUUCUGUUUGUUUUCGCGGCACGUGACUUUAGCCUUUGAUGUCAAUUCUAAAAUAUAAGUCAAGUAAAACUAGAAACCGAGCAUACAUUGCCACUCUUUAGCCACAAACUAAAAAAUAGUUUAUAAUAAAUAUGUAUGCUAAGUUAUUGAAACGCUUACUUUAAGAUCAACGUAAGACCAUUGUUGUCCGUUGAAUGUUUUAGCGUUACUUCUAACUGUUCAAGGAAGUGAGGCACAUGACCAGUUGCAGCUGAUGUCAGAGUUUCGCACUGAGCAAAGUUCAGAGAGGCAGUGUUGUAGAUUAGAGCUGUCUUUGGCAGGUUAAGAGGCAUGUGCUAGCUCGUUGCUCAAUGUGUAAUGUGACAUGGGAAGCAAGAGGAAAGCCUCCUAUACAACCAUAAAUCUACAAAUGCAAGUCCUGUCAUAGACAGAGAUGUCGCCCACCAAACAACAGUAGUCAGGUCGAGACAUGGAUAAAAUCGACAGGGAGAAUGGAGAACUCAGUGCUUCAGGAGAGAGUUCAGACAGCGUAAAAGUGAGAACGGGUCAAAUUCAAAAUGUGAUAGAUGGAAACCUGAAAGCAGAUGAAGAUCCAGUGGUGGUUCUGAGAGAUCGGCUGUCUCGGUUCAGUUCGACAACUAAACAUUCAUCAGAGCAAAGAGACCAAGAGCUCAACAGACUCCUGCUGCUGUUCAUCCAGGUCUCGGAGAGUGACUGCAUCCUUGAUAAUCUGGACCUCCAGAGUUUGGCACAGCAAGUUGGAGAAGCGUUUGUGUGUCAUAUACAGCAAAGAGUGUCAGAGAAGCCUGCAGAGGAAGCUCGAUAUGAAUUGGAGCAGUUCUUUCAGAAGUCAGAGGUCAACUGCAACAAAGGAUGGCUUCUGCUAAAAUCAAUCUCUCUCUUGUCUGACAGAGACUCUGAAGUUGAUGCUAUGAUCAAGACAGGUGUACCUGCUGCAUUAGUCAAGUGUCUGUACCUGUUUGUAGCUUUACCUCCCAGAAAAGUGAACUGUAACUCUCCAGAUGACAUUGAAGAGGAAGUUAAAUGCUCUUUUCAGGACACUCUUACUCGGGCGAUCUUGCAGCUGUGCAGGCAAGUACGUUUCGUAGAGGUUUUACUGGAGACCCAGGAGCUUUCAAAUGUGAUCAUCUCUCUCACCCUUCUGUGGGAUCAGUGCAGUCCAUCAUGGAGACGGCAGGCGUCUCGUGUGCUCAGAGCUGUAUCUGCUGCACAAGCUCACAACACUGUACCUGCACUGCAAGCCAGUAAUUGUAUGAAGAUCUGCAUUCAAAACAUGCAUAAGAUCAGCAAGCAGGUCCCCGGACAUGUUUUAGCUGAGGUGGCCGUGAGUGUUUUCAGCUUUGUGAAGGACUCUUAUCCAGUCAACCCUGCUCUUUUUGAUGAGUUUGAAAGCAAUGAUGCCUACAACAUUCUUCAGGCUGCCUUGUUACGCUGUGAAGAGGAAGUGACAGAGGAACACUUCCCAUUCAUUCAAGACCUUCUAGGCCUCAUCGCAACAUUUACCCUGUUUGGCAAGGCUGAGUUAAAAGUGGCCGUAUGUGUGAACAACCCCCAGCCGCCUGGCUUUAGGUUUGACCCCACUCUGGCUAAAGGUUUAUCUGUGAAAAACCUCACAGCCUUUAAAAUCAUCCAGUCCUCUUUCCUGCGCUCGAGCAACACAGUCAUCUGCAGCCAAAUCCUUCGCACCAUCCAGGCGAUCUGGUCUUGGGAAAAGGCAAACUUCUUCCUUCUUGAGUGGUCUCUGCAGUCACUGGCUCAACUGGCCGAGUGCAUGUGGCAGAAACCUCCACCCGUUCAUUUUAUUUUCUUUGAACUGCUCGAGACGGUCAUGUUCCAGCUCUCCUAUAUCCCACAUGAGACCAUCAGGAAGGUGCAGGCAGUGUUGAAGCAGGGCUGUUCGGAGGCUUUCAGCAUUGCAGCUCUGGAGUGCUUCGACAAGCUCAUUAUGCAUAGCGGAUUGAUGUCAGAAGUCCUAAGUGAUGGUGGACUUAUGGAACAACUGUUGUUUGAACUUAAAAAAAGAGCUAAGAUCAUCAGAAAGGCUGGUGUUGCUGUAAUUGAGAAUAAGGAAGACGACUAUGAGAGAAAGUUGACCACCGGCAUUCUGAAUGUAGUUGCAGCCCUGGCCAUGCAGUCAAUCAGAAACACUGUGCUCAUCAGGAAUAUGGGGAUGAUUCCCUAUGUGAAGAUCUUCAUAGACAUUGAAGAGUUUCGCAGCCCCACUCUGUGUAUUCUGGAGCAGCUCUCAGAAGUAAAUGCCGAGGAAUACAUGAGCACAGCCAUCGGAGCUCUCUGCUCCUCCACGGAGAGUGAAAUCAAACUUAAACAGGACCUCUUGCAGUCUAUUAUGAAAGUACUGGAGAGCCCAAAUAGUUGGAAUGCCUUCCGUACCACAGGAGGCUUCACUGGAUUGCUCUCCAUUGUAGUGGACAUGGAAGGAGCGCUGCUGGAACAUCCAACGGGAGUAUGGGCCUCACUAAGUCGCCAGAGCCUCAUCGAUCUGCUCCUCCUCACCUUACACACCAUCGCCCUAGCCGUGCACUUGCACCCGGUUAACACCCACUUCUUCCACACAAGUGGCCUCUGUGAGAAGCUGGGUGAGGCUCUGCUGCAGCUGGGCUGUUUCCAGGAAGGGCUCCCUGUAGAAACAGACAAAGACAACUUGCACUGCAGGAGCUUCCAGCAGUUUGUGGAAAUGGUGGAGAGACCGGAACCCCAGUUGCCGCCACCAUUAGGAGACUGCAUGAAACUGUUGGGUUUUCUGGAGCAGUUUGCUACAGGUGUGAGCCUGGGUGCUGAUCCGUGUGUAAGUGCGCAGGAUAAUAAUGAGUCUGGUGAGAGUCCGAUCACAGUCCCAGGUCAGAGGGAAGAGGAGCUGUCCAAUGAGGAUGAGGCGCUGAGUCAGUCUAGUAUGUCAGUAUCAACACAGUCUGGGAGGAUUUAUUGUGACAUUACAAUACUUCAUCCUGGAGCUGUAAAACUCAUCAUGACUCUGCUGCCUAGUAUAUACUGUCCUAGUGACCCUCAUUUGUCUGAAGAGCUUCAGAUGUCUCUAGCUCAUCAUGUGCAGACUCUAGUGAAGUCGGAGAGAAACAGGCAGGUCAUGUGUGAGUUUGGCCUGCUAUCUACUUUGCUCACUUACUGCAAACACAUCCUCAUAGACAAUACCCACGCGCUACACCUGCCUGUAGUUCGGAUCUUGGAAAAACUUGCCUCUCAGUCUAUGGAUCACAAGGACCUCAGGCAAUUCCUGUGUCUUGGAGAUCCUCUGAUGUGCGGUGGAGAAAGUCAGUUUUCUGUCUCCGGCGAAGAGGCCCUUUGCACACACCAGAGCAAAGACACAGAAGAGAACAAGACAAUGAAAAGACAAAGAAAGACAAUGAAACGAAGUUUUAGCCUCCUAAAAACAUCUUCAGGCAGUAGGACAGUAGUUCCUCUUCACAGAAUCAUAAGCCUCGUCUCCAUCACUUCACCACGGAGCUUUCAACCACACAAAGUCUCAAAUUCCCCUUCCUUUGUGGAGUUUGACAUGACAGACAGCGGCUAUGGAUGUCUGUUUUUGCCAUCUAUUGCCACAGUGAAGGGUGUCAGUGCAGACUGCAUCUCCACAGGAGGCUUGGGCACCGACUGCAGGGGAUUUCCUCCUUCAGCCGGCCUGUCGUUCUCCUGCUGGUUCAUGAUCUGUAGGUUCAGCUCGGCCUGUGAGUCCCACCCUGUGCGUCUGUUCACCAUUGUACGGCACAUGUCUCGUGCCGAGCACCAGUUUUGCUGCCUGUCUGUUAGUAUAUCUGCCACUGACGGCUGCUUGGUGAUCUCCACGGAGGAGGAAGCUUAUCAGUUUUUGGACAUGAUGGAACCAGAGCCCCAGACUCCCAGUAUGCUGUCAGCCUCAGUGCGGUUUAAAUGUUCCCAACACUUAAUUUCUGGUCAAUGGAACCAUCUAUGUGUUGUUAUGGCCAAAGGCAUCAAGAAGAGCUGUAUGCUCACCGUGUAUAUGAAUGAAACGGCAAUCGGAACAGCAAAGAUGAAGUAUAUUCAGCCAUUUCCCGGCCAGUGCAUUUCAAUGGAUCCCUCUGCAGUCAUUGACGUGUGUGGGAUUAUUGGUACUCCAUCUCUAUGGAAACAGCAUGCUGCUCUGGUAUGGCGGGUCGGUCCUACAUAUUUAUUCGAGGAAGCGUUGAGUUCUGACCAAGUGGGGAACAUUUAUGGGCAGGGCACCAACUACAUUGGCAACUACCUUGCUCUUAAUGCCCAAGGAGGCGAGACAGAUGUUGAGAUGUCCCAAAUUAGGAUUGCCUCUCCAGAGAGAAUUUCCUUUGGCAUAAAUCCGACAAUAUCCACCGUCACUACAGUAGCAGACAUUAGAGACCAAUACAAUGAAGUGGACUCUCGACUUAUAGCUAAAGAGAUGGGGAUUACAUCACGUGAUAACUCUACUCCUGUCUUCCUGGCCCAUAAUAUCAGUCAGAACCUCAGUGGGACUGCUCGGACAAUUGGGGCAGCCCUGAUUGGUUGUUUUGGAGUAAGAACUUUCAAGUCAUUCAGUGCUACUAGCAGUUUCCAGUAUAUUGGUGGACCUGCGGCCAUUCUGAGCUUGGUUGCGAUGGCUUCAGAUGACGCCUCUUUGUAUGCUGCGGUCAAAGUUCUUCUUUCAGUUUUGGAGACGAACCCUGUGAUGGAGCAGGAGAUGAAACGGACCAAUGGCUAUAAGCUUUUGUCCUUCCUGCUGAAGGUGAAGUCUCAGCUAAUCAGCAGUAGAAUAUUUCAGCUCAUUCUGUCUAUUGUGGGCACGAUGGAGCUGGUUAGUGGGGCGUUUGGAAUACCAAACGUCAGAGCCUUUCAGGACGUCCUCUGUGACUUUGAGGUUUGGCAGAACACUCCAGAAAAUCUUGACCUUCGUGUUUUAAAUCAUCUUGCUGAUCUUUUGAAGUCAUCGUGUAAGAAUCAACAGAAUGCUGAGGUCAUGCACAGACUCAACGUGAUGGGCAAACUUCUGAUCCUGCUGCAUGAUCCCAGUGUGACCCGUAGGAAGGUGUUAGUCAUUUGUACCAUCAUUCGAUCCCUCCUCGAGGAACAUUUCAACACCACUGACAUCAAGAGGCUUGGGCUCUUUCUAGUGCACAGUCUUCUGCCUCCCACCUUAAACGAGAAUGACACUUUCUCUGAUCUGGAUUUUAAUGAUCAAUCACAAGGCUGGAGUCAAACACCUGGAAGAUCAGUUUGGAUCCGAAACCAGUUGCUUUCUAUGCUGUCUUCUCUAAUCAUCUCAAACACUUCAAUGUCUAGAGAUACCCAGGAAGAGGUGUUCUUCGCACUUGGGUCCGAUUGGUUCCUACUCUUCCUACAGGGCCACAUUCAUACCGGCACAGUGCUGCUGACUCUCACACUGCUUACACACUUCCUGUCUAAUCCGAACAUCCUGGUCAUUUUCAAAGACGGUGUGGCGCCAGGAACAUUAGUGGGGACCAUGGAGAUGCCUACCAGUAUCACAGAUAAUUUAAAAUAUCACUCAUGGUCGUACGAGUGUUUGAGCUGCAUUUGCCCGGGGUUUGACAUUCUGCAGACGCUUCUUGUCAACCAUAUUCACCUACCUCAGAUUUACGGAUCUCUCGCUGCAGUGCUUUUACGAAAAUCAGACUUUCAGGUUUCUGUUGAGGAGGUAGAUGUUGACGUGAUGCUUCAGAGUUUGAUUGACAGCUGCAGUGUUUCAGUUGGGUUUCAGUUGUGUGCAGAUGCAGCAUGUGUUCUUUUAGAAUUGAUCAAGGUUAUCAUUACCAGGCCUGUAACAGAAAGUGCAGAUGGCUGGGAAGUCCAGUACCCAGGUAACGUGAUGCAGUUCCUCUGCCUGGUACACAGUCUGUUUCCUGAAGACCCCCUAUGGACCUCCCCUGACUUUCUCAGUUCGCUGGCCAGUGCUGUUUUCCCCUUUGAUACCCCUGAGAGCUCUGCAUGUGUUCAGGGUUCAAAAGAAAUUGGUAAUGUGGAGGAGUCCCUCUUGCUUCGUCCCUCCCACCCAGGCAGGAAGCAGGUGUGUGACUUCAUCCGAAUCCUCUUGAUGGACAGCCUUAUUAACAUCUCUGCCAAAGACUGCGUACAUCCAUUAAUACAGCUACUGGAGUUUUCUCCAGAUGGUGUUUGUUCAGAGCAAAGACAAAGCUUUCAGACUGAACUCCUGGAGUUUGUUAUGGACAUCAUCCAAAUGACAGGGCAGGAGGAGGGCCAGUCCACACAUGUAGCCAAAGAUGAUCCAUCCAAGUCCAAGCAGGAUAGAAAGGCUACCAUUUUGACUGAGAAUGUGCCAUUCUUCAUUAAAAAGCUGGUGGAGAGACUCUAUUCUGGCAUGUUUGUGGUGGAUCCAGAGAGUCUGUUGGUCUUCAUAGCAGAGCAGAUAACAGUGGCACUGGAGAGAGGUCAGGGUAACCGAGAGAUGUCGAUCAGUGCUCUGUAUAAAAGCUUGAACCGAGCCCUGCUCUACUUCCUGUCACGACCCAGGCAGACUCCGACUGAGCAGGAGCUCAUCAUUCAGACCCUUCAUGUUUUGCACCAGCAUUGGGAUGUAGUGAUGGCAACUUACAAUGCUAAUGUCCACUUUCUAAGCUGUCUGUUGCACUGCUUCAUGCUUAUCCGCUCUGGAAGCUUUCUUGAUGGUUUUGGAUGUGAAGUCCAGAAAAAACCCUCCAGAAAAAUCUGGAGACACCUCUUUCCAUACAGGAACAGCCGGGCGAUGUCACAGUCCAACAUGAUCAAUUCAGCAGAGGUGGAAUCCGAGCUGAUGAUGCUUGUGGAAAGCACAUGGAGUAAAGUCAUGCAGGAGAGGAGACAGACACUAGAGGAGGCCUACAAGAUCGACCUGUCUGCUAAGACUGUUGGGAAAGAUGGCCUGCUUUCAAUGGGAGAUGUGAGCCCUCUGUGGGAGGAGACGGCGAUGAAAGCUUGGCAGCUUUUUAUAGACUCCCAGAGUAAAAAGGUAAAUAAUGGUCACCAGAAGAGGGCAGGACUUCUCAGCAGUGCACUGCAAUCCGUUCAGAGGAGGUUCGAGAAGGAUCCGGUCGGCAGUGUUGAGGGGUUUGUCAUCGACAUGGAGACGCAUUGGCAGACUUGUGAAACCAUAUUUGAUGGCAUGUUAAAAAGCCACGCUCAGAUGAUUCACAGUGAGAAUGAUAGUAUAGCCGGACAGUGGCUAAGAAUAGAGGAAGAUCUGCUCAGGGAGAGGGGCCUGUUUGGCCCCGGGCCCGGUGUCUUUCUCAAACGAGGCUGGGUACAGAAUACCGCAGAGGGACGCAAUCGCACACGUUCCCGAAUUCGCCGUAAAGAACUACGCCGUUCCAAAAAGAUGCCAUCAUUCACUUCAAGCCUCAUUCAGAAGAAUAUCACAGAAGAAAAAAAAGCAGUUGUGGAAAUAAUUGAGGCUGAUUCAGAGCCCAGGAUCCUGUGCGAGGCGGGCCGGGAGGUUGAAGAGGAGCCCGGGUUAGACUGUGAGCGUUUGACUUUCUUCCCCGUGCUGAACGACGCCUCUCUUCAAAGUGAGGAUUUCUCCGAUCAGUGCACAGACACACAGCUCAUACUGCAGGAGCUGGUGCCCGGCGAAGAGGUCAAAGCAAAGCACUGUGUGGUGAUCGUCAGUGGUCAUGUGGUGUCCGAUGGCGUGCUGUUAUUUGGUAAAGAUAACCUCUACAUAUGUGAGGGCUUCACGUUGACCUCCACAGGAGAUGUGUGCUGUAGAAUCCAUCAUCAAACCAAUGUGAGAGACACGUAUAUCUGUAGCAUGAUGAAUAAAGAAAAAAACUCAUUGAGUCCGAGCUGCAAAUGCUGGUCAUAUGAUGACAUCAAAGAGGCAAAUUUCAUGCGCUACCUGCUUGAGGACAACGCUCUGGAGAUAUUCUUGAAGAACGGAUCUUCAGUGUUUCUCGUAUUCUUCAACAAUGACCACGUCAAUGCCUAUAAGAGGCUGUGCUCUGUGGUCUCCUCAUUAAAGGGAAAAGGACCAGAGACUGUAUUUAAUGUGAGCAGGUCUGGCGUGUCCUUUAUGAGAUGUAUGAGAAGAACAUCCUCGGUUGAGAAGACUGUCCUCAUUAAAUGGCAGAGGGGGGAAAUCAGUAACUUUGAAUACCUCAUGCAUCUGAACACUCUUGCUGGACGAACAUACAACGAUUUAAUGCAGUAUCCUGUUUUUCCUUGGAUCAUUGCUGAUUAUGAAUCAGAGACUCUGGAUCUGUUAUCUCCUGCAACAUUUCGUGACCUGUCUAAACCAAUGGGAGCCCAAACAGAGAAAAGAAGAGAGAAAUUCAUUCAGAGAUACCUCGAGGUAGAAAGUAAUGAAGGUGAUCUGUCUGCACAAUGUCAUUACUGCACACACUAUUCCUCAGCUAUCAUAGUGGCCUCGUACCUGGUGAGGAUGGAGCCUUUCUCACAAACCUUUCUCUGCCUGCAGGGUGGAUCGUUUGACAUUCCUGAGCGGACGUUCUACUGCAUUCAGAAGGAGUGGGAAUCUGCAUCUAAGGACAAUAUGAGUGAUGUCAGAGAGCUCAUUCCUGAGUUUUUCUACCUCCCAGACUUCCUUGUCAACUCCAACAACCUUGACUUUGGUUGCAUGGAGGACGGGACGGCCUUGGGCGACGUGGUUUUGCCACCAUGGGCCAAAGGAGACCCGCAGGAGUUUAUCAGGAUGCACAGGGAGGCUCUUGAGAGCGAUUAUGUGAGUGCACGCCUGCAUCUUUGGAUUGAUCUGAUCUUCGGCUACAGACAGCAGGGUCUGCCCGCCCUGGAGUCUCUUAACACUUUUCACCCUUAUUUUUACACUGACAAAUACAACACAGCAAGCAUGAAGGAUCCUGUGAUGAAAAGUACCAUUCUUGGCUACAUCAACAACUUCGGCCAAAUGCCGAAGCAGCUCUUUACAAAACCACACCCAAGCCGCACAUCUCCCAAAAGCUCUGCAGGAAAAGAGGCUUCGGUAUCCAGCCAAAUCAUCCCAUUUUUUUAUAAACUGGACAAGCUCAAGCCUUCCCCCCAGCCCAUUAAAGAGCUGUCACUGGGGCCGGUGGGUCAGAUAGUAUGUAGAGAGAAGGACGUGUUGGCUGUCGAAAAGAACAAACUUCUCAUCCCUCCACAGUGGACCACAUACUUCUGCUGGGGUUCGUAUGACCAGACCUGCACCUUUGUGAACUACACGGCCGAAAAGAGCUUUGGAGUGUGUGAGAGUCUGUCAGACUGGGGGGAAGCUGUGUGUGCUUCCUGCCCUAACAGCAACACCAUCAUCACGGCCGGGGCCAGCACUGUUGUGUGUGUGUGGGACAUCUCCAUCAGCAAAGACAAACUCAAACACAUGAAACUCAAACAGACCUUGUAUGGACACACAGAUACAGUGACUUGUCUAGCAGCAUCAGAAGCUCACAGCGUGAUUAUUAGCGGCUCUCUGGACCAGACCUGCAUCCUGUGGGACCUGGAGGACCUCAGCUACAUCACACAGUUACCAGGACAUUCCUCUGGCGUGUCUGCCCUGGCUAUUAAUGACCUGACUGUUGAGAUUGUAUCAUGCUCCGACACCCAUUUGUACCUCUGGACCAUGAAGGGGCAGCUGCUGGCCUCCAUCAAUGCUUCAUGCGCGCCCGAUGCAAACAUUCUAUGCUGCUGCUUUACGCAGAAGCACGAGUGGGACCCCCGCAACGUGAUCAUCACCGGCUGCGCAGACGGCAUUGUCAGGAUAUGGAAGACUGAAUAUACUAGAGUACAAUUACCUGGACACGAGAAGAGCUCAAUGUCUCAAGGGCAUGUUUCGCCAUCAGCUCCUGAACAAGCAGAUGCCGCCUCGUGGAAGUGGGAAAGACACCUGGUGCUCUGUCGAGAGUUGAACCGCAAUGCGUCCUCUCGUCGGCGUGGCAAAAAUAACCCUGCGAUUACUGCUCUGGGCAUAUCCAGAACGCAUGGCACACUGCUGGUAGGUGAUGCCUGGGGUAGGGUGCACGGCUGGUCCUACGAGAACUGAAAACAGACCGCCGAUCAAUCGUCUGUCAGCCAGCGUUUCAGACGGCCACAUGCCAACACCGUCUAGCUUAAGUGCUGCCUACGUGUGCACUUCACGCUCACCACUUCCAGCAGGACUGCUGACUUCAGGAGAGGCGCUCCCGGGUAUGGUGAAUUACAGGGGUGACGCAUUCGUUCUUGGACUGGGUGAGGCUCGCUGGCCAGGGCCGGAAACACAACCCUGCUUAUUUAAGAAAUGCAAGUUGAUGCUUGACUUUCAUUGUAUAGUAGCUCUUUCUCUCAGUCGACUGUCAGAAAGUCAAAGUAAUGUUUAUUUUAUAAACACAGCUUUUCUGGAGAUUCAAAGUUUCGUAUUUGUUGUAAAUGGUGUAACUCAAAGCAGCAGGGCUCUGCUUACUCUACUAGUGUGGGUUACACACUGUAAGGAUGUUUGAAAACAUGUUGCGUAGGCGAUAUUUUGUAAUAGAUUUUUUUUUUAAGAUAAUCAAGCUGAUUUUAUUGGUUAAACCUAAUAUUCUUUAAUUAGAUAUGAAUAAAACUGUUUACACUUA